AUGAGCAGGACACUCCUUCGCUCCGCCGCGCCGGCGCUGCGUGGUGCCAUUGUCCCGCCGUCCAUCCGCCUGGCGACGACGCCUUUGCUGCUGGCCCGCGCCUUCAACACCACAGCGCCCAUCGUCGAGCCCGUGCCACCGGAGCAGCAGCAGCACGUCAAGAACGCCGUCAACCCUACCGCGCACCAUGUCCGACCGCUCGCCUUCAAAAAGUCGCACCCGGCCCCGCCGCCGGCGCCCAUUGAGGACUCUGUGCGCAACCUCCUGCCCUUCCUCGCCGCACAGCCCGGUCACUACAUCACCGUCCACAUCCACGGGUUCCCGUACCUCGUUCAAGAAGGCGACGAGAUCCGUCUUCCAUUCCGCAUGCCGGGUGUUUUGCCCGGUGACGUGCUCCGGUUGAACCGCGCCAGCGUCAUCGGUAGCAGGGAUUACACCAUGAAGGGAGCACCUCACAUUGACGAGAGGGUGUUUGAGUGCCGAGCCACAGUCACGGGGACGGAGAGCGAACCGCUGCGGAUCAAAAUCAAGAAGAAGAGGAGGCAGAGGCGGGCGAGGCGCGUGCACAGCAAGCACCGCUACACAAUCUUGAGGAUAUCGGAGCUGAACAUCAAGAACGCGGAUGAUGUGGAGCUGUAA